GGAAAUACUGGACUACCACCUCCAUAAAGGUCGACUUCUGUGCGUAAAAAGGCGCACCUGGAUCUCACGCUCCUGCAGGGUCCGGAUCUCAGAUUCAACAUGAACUCCUUGAAUUUCUGCGGGCCGUCCAGCGGUGCCGUGUAUCCCCUCCACGGCGUUAACUCGGUGCUGUUCGACCUCCACCACCAGAUGGCGGAGCAGUACCACGUUUACUCCGCAGCCAGCCCCACAGUGCACACCCUGUCUGUGGCUGAGAGACUGGCAGAACUUAUUCUGGAGGCUCGGUACGGCAACCAGCAGAAGCAGCGCCGCAGCCGAACGGCAUUCACAGUGUCACAGCUGCAGGCUCUGGAGAAAGCCUUCCAACAGACACAGUACCCAGACGUCAGCAUGAGAGAGCGGCUGGCCGUCUGCAUCAACUUGCCCGAGGCUCGCAUACAGGUGUGGUUCAAGAACAGGAGGGCAAAGUUUCGUAAAGGUCAGAGGUGCUCCCCGCUCUCCAGAGACCACGGUCUGGAGGAGGCACCACACUGCAGCAAGGUGGGACAAGAGGAAGUCAGGACCAAAGACAAGGAGGACAUCACCACAUCACACACUGACAGCAACAUCCCUCCUCACCACUGCCCUCCUCCUCCUCCUCCUCCUCAUGUGGAUAAAACCAGGGAUGUUUGCCCACCUCUCGCUCCCUCAGACUCUGAUGUUUCACGGUGCGCCCUCCGACUUCACUCUCCCCCGCUUUUCCCCUUCAUGACGGGGGAGCGCUACAGCCACCCACCUCACCAGCCGGUUGUAGGAGUGCUGUCCACCGAGCUCGCCCUCCCCCCGGUGUUCUGGCCCAUCAUACAGCAGCACAGCUCCGCCUUGGGGGUUCAUCCGUCGUCAGUGACUAAAAACUGCAGCCUCUCCCUUCAGACUGCCAGUAAAGCUUUGUCUCACCCUCACCUGGGGCUGCAGUUGUAG